ACUUGUGUAGGUGUUCACGAUGGCGCUACUCAGGCAAAUUUUCGGAAGGGUGACUUCCAAGUCAUUGCAGGAAUUGUCUGCCAAGAAAACACCUGUAAUAACUAAUGGAUCGAGAAGGUUGGCUUCUGCAUUUACAUUUGUCCCUGAUGCAGCCUCUCCAUCGGAUGGGGAAACCACAAAGAUGAAUCUAUUUCAGGCUCUCAAUAAUGCUAUGGAUGUAGCCUUGGCAACAGACCCUACUGCAGUUGUAUUUGGUGAAGAUGUUGCUUUUGGUGGUGUUUUCAGAUGCACUGUUGGGUUGGCAGAUAAACAUGGUAAAGACAGGGUAUUCAACACACCACUCUGUGAACAAGGAAUUGUGGGCUUUGGCAUUGGUAUGGCCUCGGUGGGAGCAACCGCUAUCGCUGAAAUACAGUUUGCUGAUUAUAUCUUCCCAGCCUUUGAUCAAAUUGUUAAUGAAGCUGCAAAGUUCCGGUAUAGGUCAGGCAAUAUGUUUGACGUCGGUGCUCUCACCAUCCGAGCGCCAUGGGGAGCGGUUGGUCACGGCGCCCUCUAUCACUCACAGAGUCCAGAAGCCUUCUUUGCACAUAUUCCAGGAAUCAAAGUUGUAGUUCCACGUAGUCCCAUCCAAGCCAAGGGUCUAUUAUUAUCCUGUAUACGAGAUCCCAACCCGUGUGUCUUCUUUGAACCCAAGGUACUCUACAGAGCAGCUGUUGAGCAAGUGCCAGUCAAAGAUUACAUGAUUUCCUUGUCAAAAGCAGAAGUACUGCAAGAAGGCAGUGAUGUGACACUGGUAGGAUGGGGAACCCAAAUCCACGUUCUGAGGGAGGUUGCCCAACUAGCCCAAGAGAAGCUAGGAGUCAGCUGUGAGCUUAUUGACCUGGUUACCAUCUUACCAUGGGACAGGGAAACUAUAUUUAAGUCAGUACAGAAGACUGGUAGAUUACUGGUAGCCCAUGAAGCACCCAUCACAGGUGGAUUUGCAUCAGAGAUUUCUUCCAGCGUACAGGAGGAGUGUUUCCUACACCUUGAAGCUCCUAUCCAGAGGGUGUGCGGCUGGGACUCACCGUUCCCGCACGUCUUUGAACCUUUCUACCUCCCGGAUAAAUGGAGAUGUCUAGAUUCUAUCAAGAAGAUGCUAAACUACUGAAAAACAAACAUUGCAAUAUUUAUGAUCUGAGAUGUGUGCCCGUGCCACCGCUGCUUGUGUGGAUCGCAUCCAUUCUAUUUCUGCUGAUAUGUAAAUAAGAUAUAUUUUCUUUGUAUUCUCAACACUCUGUUAACAGAGUCAAGUCAGGUCUGACUACCCUCUGAAUCAAGUCCAACCUUGAAAAUGGGAUCUGCUGGAAAUCAAAGAUAUUCUUGUUUAAUAGAUCGGACUACUCUCAUAUUUUGUAGUAGUCAAAGUCAACUUGGAUGUAUGUGUCAGCAGGUAGUCGGCUGAAUAUGAGUACUUGUUUCCCAGUUACUCUGACUUCCAGUUACCUGAUUCUUAGUUUCUACUCCAUUAUGUGUCAGAAGAAUAGACUCCCAGGGAGUCCCAGCUAAUCACAUUCUUAGUGAAAUUAGUGUGUAGAUACUUAUUUGAGCAAUCUUAUCAAACUUGGAUGGAGUGUCCGCAGGUAGUCAGCUGAAUAUGAGUACUUGUUUUCCAGUUACUCUGACUUCCAGUCACCUGAUUCUUAGUUUCUACUCCAUUAUGAGUCAGAAGAAUAAACUCCCAGGGAGUCCCAGCUAAUCCCAUUCUUAGUCAAAUUUGACUCCACUGAAAUUAGUGUGUAGACACUUAUUUGAGCAAUCUUUUAUCAUGACUAACAAAAUUCACUAGAUGAAUUAAUUACUGAAUUCCAACCUGCUCAUGUUUUUUUACAUCAAAGAUGAAUGAUAAGUAUUGUUAUAAGCUACUGAAAUCCUUCAAUUUUAUCGGCUAAGGGCAAACUUAUUGUAAUUUUUUAUCAUUUGUUGUUAAUAACAAAUUCUUUACAGCAUUUGUGUGCUUUUUGUGUUUUCUUGAAAUUUUUCAUAUACCAUAUAUAUUUUUAUAGGAACCUCAUGAUGCAUUGAUGAAUAUCAUUUUGUGAGGGUAAAACUCAACACAAAUAAUAUAAUCAUUAAUGUGUAAAGUUUAUAAUCAUACAUUAUAUGCUCCACUAGACCGAGAUGUCUCUACCAUAAAACGAUGGAAUGAUAUCCAAGUAUCAUUUCCAUAAUCUAGGCACAAAAAUGACUGAGAUUGACGAAGCUUGUCAUGGUUCUGCACUUUUAUGCAUAGGAUCAUUAGUGACAAUUUCUCAUUUCAUUGAAACCUGGUAUUGAUAGCCCUCUGGCCUUGGUAAAGGGUUAUCAUUUUCGAGUUCAGUAACUACAGCUAAUUUCUCAUACUAAAUAUCCUAGGAAUCAAAUGUAAUUUGACACCAUAUGAAAAGCAAUUAUUUUGUGGUUGAGAUCUAUUUAAACAAUUUUGACACAUUGUGACCCUUUCAUCUAUGACAGGACUUUCAAAAAGAAUUUUAAACAACUGAUGGGGAAACAGAGGUCUGUUUAGUUUGAAAACCCUACAAUUCCUGUAGGUGACAUGACAUUUGCUCCAGGGACAAUAGCUCCGUGCCUAAUUUCUCCAAAGGUGGAGGGGUAGGGUUAGGGUUGCUAUAGGGUUUCAGGUUAGGUUUAGGGUAGGAUAUAGUGUUAAAUCCAGGGUUGAAGUUGGUCAUUCGAUCGGUGUGGCAAUUGUCGCCGGGGCAAAUGUCAUGGAUCUUUCCUUGAAACCCUCUAGAAUUGUGAUUUAACUCUCAUCAACUGACACUAAUCUCCAUAAGUAGAAUUAACUUAUCAGUUCAUUUGACAAUCAAAUAAUCACAAUUGACAGGGAAUGGUAAAAAUUGAUUUCUUUACCACAAACCAUAAUGAAAGAGUGCUGCAAUUCCUGUAAACAUAUGAAAUAUACAUUGUACACACCAGUUUGACAUUUACAGCUUCAUGUAAUUUUAAGCACAAAGUUAGACCAUAGUCUAUGAAGGUUGAAUUGGACUUCAGAUUAUGGGCCUUUAAGUCAAUAUGAUCUGCAUGAGUACAUGUAUGUAUGUCAAUAAUAUUUUUUGUAUUUAUGUUUUUCAGUGAGCUAAUUCUGAAGGUCAAUGUCGUCAAUUAUUAAUCUGUUCAAAUGUUCAAUAUCUCGGGUUGAGCCCAGUUCCCCCUCCCCCUGCACACCCAUGAUAACAUCAUGUGUGAACUUGUUUUGUAUAUAUAUAUCACAACACUCUCUUUGAUACAUUCACUGGACAUGAUUAUUGAUUAAUGAGAACCAAUUACUCUGAGAAACGUUGUGGAGGGGUACUAAAAGUGGAAAAUGUUUUUGACUAGUUUUUUCUUUCUCUUUUUUAAGUUGGAGUCUCAUUUGUCAAUCGAUCAUAAUGAUGAAUAUUCACUUGAGGUAUGUUUGCUUGUAGAUGACAGGAAUUGAAAAGGAUAUAUGUUUGCAAUACAACUGUAUUCUGAUUUAUGUCAAUUUACUUACAGGGGCACCAGAGCUGGCUUGUUAUGUUUGUAUGCAUACGCUUAAAUUUGUGGUUUGUUUGGUAAGAGUGCACUAUGACGUAGGAUGUUGGCAAAUUUAGCUUGGUGCAAGUAUGAUCAUGAUGAUCAAGUGCAUUUUCUUGGUCUAAUUUUGGACUGGUAACAAAAGAUGGUUUUGUUACAUUGCUUAUUGGUCAAGGAAAUAUAUA